AUUCUCCACAGUUUUCCUGGUGCGAACUCAUGGUGGAAUCCGCCAUGCAUUGAAGCGAAUGUAUGUCAAUAACUUGUCAGACCUCAACAUUUGUAAAAGGGAAAUUAAAAUUAUGAAAGAGCUAUCUGGUCACAAAAAUAUUGUGGGUUAUUUGGACUGUGCUGUUAAUUCAAUUAGCGAUAAUGUAUGGGAAGUGCUUAUCUUAAUGGAAUAUUGUCGAGCUGGGCAGGUAGUGAAUCAGAUGAAUAAGAAGCUGCAGACAGGUUUUACGGAACCAGAAGUGUUACAGAUAUUCUGUGAUACCUGUGAAGCUGUUGCGAGGUUGCAUCAGUGUAAGACUCCAAUAAUUCACCGGGAUCUGAAGGUAGAAAAUAUUUUGCUGAAUGAUGGUGGAAACUAUGUACUUUGUGACUUUGGCAGUGCCACUAAUAAAUUUCUUAAUCCUCAAAAAGAUGGAGUUAAUGUAGUAGAAGAAGAAAUUAAAAAGUAUACAACUCUGUCAUACAGAGCCCCUGAAAUGAUCAACCUUUAUGGAGGGAAACCCAUCACCACCAAGGCUGAUAUCUGGGCACUGGGAUGUUUACUGUAUAAACUCUGUUUCUUCACUCUUCCUUUUGGUGAGAGUCAGGUUGCUAUCUGUGAUGGCAGCUUCACCAUCCCAGACAAUUCUCGUUACUCCCAUAACAUACAUUGCUUAAUAAGGUUCAUGCUUGAACCAGAUCCAGAGCGUAGACCUGAUAUAUUUCAAGUGUCCUAUUUCGCAUUUAAAUUUGCCAAAAAGGAUUGUCCGGUCUCCAAUAUCAACAAUUCUUCUAUUCCUUCAACUCUUCCUGAACCCAUGACUGCUAGUGAAGCAGCUUCUAGGAAAAGCCAAAUAAAAGCCAGAAUAACAGAUACCAUUGGACCAACAGAAACCUCAAUUGCACCAAGACAAAGACCAAAGGCCAACUCUACUACUGCCACUCCCAGUGUGCUGACCAUUCAGAGUUCAGCAACUCCUGUUAAAGUCCCUGUGCCUGGUGAAUUCAGUAACCACAGAUCGAAAGGAGCACUGAGACCUGGAACCAGCCCUGAGAUUUUACUGGGUCAGGGGCCGCCUCACCCUCAGCAGCCUCCACAGCAGCACAGAGUACUUCAGCAACUACAGCAAGGAGACUGGAGAUUGCAGCAACUGCAUUUACAGCAUCGCCAUCCUCACCAGCAGCAGCAGCAGCAGCAGCAGGAUGCUUAUAUGCUGCAGUAAGAUCAAUACUUAAAAAAAAAGACUAUGGAACAAAAAAGGCACGAGUAAUAUUGAUGAACUUGUUUGCUUUUCUCAUUGCAGUAUCAACAUGCAAUACAGCAGCAACAGAUACUGCAGCAACAGUACUUAAUGCAUUCAGUCUAUCAGCCACAGCCUUCUGCACCACAGUAUCCUGCAAUGGUGCAGCGGUAUCAGCAGGCUUUCUUGCAGCAGCAAAUGUUAGCUCAACAUCAGCAGUCUCAACAACAGGCGUCACCUGAGUAUCUUACCUCCCCUCAAGAGUUCUCACCGGCCUUAGUUUCCUAUACUUCAUCACUUCCAGCUCAGGUUGGAACCAUAAUGGACUCCUCUUAUGGUGCCAAUAGGUCAGUUGCUGAUAAAGAAGCAGUUGCAAAUAUUCUAAAUCAGAAGAACAUCAAUAACCCACCUGAUAUGUCAGGGUGGAAUCCUUUUGGAGAGGAUAAUUUCUCCAAGUUAACAGAAGAAGAACUGUUGGACAGAGAAUUUGACCUUCUAAGAUCAAACAGGCUCGAGGAGAGAGCAUCCUCAGAUAAGAAUGUAGACCCACUCCCUGCUCCACAUAACCAUCCUCCAGAAGAUCCUUUUGGUUCUGUUCCUUUCAUUUCUCACUCAGGUUCUCCUGAAAAGAAAAUCGAACAUUCACCCAUGAAUCAAGAAAGUAGCUCUGCAAACCCUGUGAAGAGUAGAAAGACAAGCCCAGUGUCUAAAGACCACCGGGCUGGAAAGAAAACCUCAGAGCAUUCCUUGGUGCAGGGUCACAUGCAGAAGGGAAAUGAAGACUCUGAAAGUGAUUUCGAGUCAGAUCCCCCGUCUCCUAAGAGCAGCGAAGAGGACGAGCAGGAUGACGACGACGCGCUUCAGGGAGAACAGGGCGACUUCCACGAUGACGACACCGAGCCCGAGAACCUGGGGCACAGACCUCUCCUCAUGGACUCGGAAGAUGAGGAAGAGGAAGAGAAGCACAGCUCUGAUUCCGACGAUGAACAGGCCAAAGCCAAGGACAGCAACCGGAGCCCUGCCUGCAGAGACACAUACAGCAGUGGACCCGUCCAAGGUCCCAGGGUAACACUUCUCAGCCCAACCCACGUACCGUCUGAUGUCGGAGUGGAGACUCCCAAACAGCAGUUUGAUGUGUUUGGUGCUGUCCCCUUUGCAGUGCAUGCUCAACAGCCCCGACAGGGAGAGAGCGAGAAGAGCCUUUCUCAACAGCCCUGUUUUCCUGCCGUGGCACUAGAGCAAGAGGACGUUGAUGUAUUCACAAAGGCACCCUUUAGCAAGAAGGGGACCGUGCAGGACGGCCGUGCUGUGGCGCUGGAAGCUCAGACUCGCCCUGGUUCUCCCAAAAGUGUAGAUAUAUUUGGCUCUACUCCAUUUCAGCCCUUUCCCACAUCCGCAAGCAAGAGUGACAGCCACGAGGACCUUUUUGGGCUUGUGCCCUUUGAGGAAAUAACUGGGAAUCAGCAGCAAAAAGUCAAACAGCGUAGCUUACAGAAACUGUCUUCUCGCCAGAGACGUACGAAGCAGGAUUUGUCCAAAAGUAACGGGAAGCGCCACCACGGCACGCCGACCAGCACGAAGAAGACCGUGAAGCCCACCUACCGUACUCCGGAGCGGGCCCGCAGGCACAAGAGGGUGGGCCGCCGAGACUCCCAGAGCAGCAACGAGUUUUUAACCAUCUCAGACUCCAAGGAGAAUAUUAGCGUUGCGCUGACUGAUGGGAAAGACAGAGGGAACGUCCUGCCUCCCGAGGAGAGUCUGUUGGACCCCUUUGGGGCCAAGCCCUUCCAUCCCCCAGACCUGCCCUGGCACCCUUCGCACCAGGGCCUGAGUGACAUCCGUGCCGACCACAACCCAGUGCUGCCUGGGCGGCCAAGACCCAACUCACUCCAUGGGUCGUUCCACAGUUCAGACCCGCUGAAAAUGGAUGACUUUGGCGCCGUGCCCUUUACAGAACUUGUGGUGCAGAGCAUCACCUCACCUCAUUCCCAACAGUCCCAGCCCGUCGAACUGGACCCAUUUGGUGCUGCUCCAUUUCCUUCUAAACAGUAGAUACUUCUGACAGACUCUGGUGUUAACCCGUUUCAAAAAAGUAUGAAUAGUUUUAUGAAUUUGAAACAAAAUCUAUUUGUAUAGCUCUUUAUAUCAUUCAUUCUUACAGCUCAAUCCGAAUAGGUGAUUUUUAAAUAAACCAAAUAGAAACAGGAAGUAUCUCCACUGGGUGUAGUGACUUGGUGUCUCUUCCACGCGGGAAGAGGGAGCUGCAUUGGAAGCUCUGACCUAGGGUUUCAGCUACUGGCUGACAACAGCACAGAAAUCCAGGGAGAGUGUAUGGCCCCGUCCCUGUUGGGCAGCCACUGAAGAGGGAUGGGAAAGCCGCGAUGUUAUUUUUGUACCAGAAUGUCAUGUUUGUGUGCGUAUCCAGGCUCAUUCUAGAACCCAGCAUAAAACCAAGGCUGUCUGUACAUACACAGGCUGCACUUGCGGGGUUUUUUUCACUUGUGGAUUUUUUAAAGGUCUCUUUUAAUUUCCACACAGUAAAACAGAAUCCUGUUCUCAUAAAGAAUUAGGAGGUUAUUAUCUGGAGAACACAGAGAUUUUAGUCCUUCUACCUUUCUCUACAAAGUAGAGCCAGAAGUAACUAUUGUGCCUAAAACUUUCAUUUUUAAAAACAAGUGCCAUUAAUAUGGAAUAUCUACGUGGAAGCCUGGAACAAAAACUUAAGAGAUAUCUGAUGUGUGCAAAAUGUAAAAGAAAAAAUUAUACAGAAGAAACAGUACUUGAGGAACAUUUAAUAUUCUGCUUUUGAAUGGCUUCUUGCUCAAAACUUUUACUAUCACGUCCCUAAUAAAGGAGAUGAUUGGAAAACUGGGAGUGAGAGAGAAUAAGGGAUAUGUAGAAUUUUAUUUCAGGAAAAAAAUAUGUAGCUGAAACCCUGAGUUUUUAAGACGUUUACAAUGUAAAAUCAUGUUGCAUUUAGUAAUGUACUUUAUUAAAUUACUACCUUCACCAAAUAUUCUCUAAGUCAUAAGUGACAGUGUUUUUCAUUAGGUUUGGGGGUGGGGUAGUUGUAAUGAAGUGCACAGAACAGUCGAAGCCACAAGCCUUAUAGGCAGGACCCCGGAUCCUGCUGCGAGUACCUCUGCACCGAUGAAGAGAUCUUAAACUGCCUACAAGGUACCUAAUGAGGAGGGACUAGUGUCUUAAUUCUGCUAGUUGAUUGUGUCUUUAGUGAAAAGAACCCAGCUACCAAAUUGCCUUUUUUUUUUUACACCACAAAUCCUAAUGAGAAACUUGAGAUUUUACAGAAACCGUCUAAUAAGAUAGAAAUUGCAUAUAUUAAUUAAUGUGAAUGCAGUGUCUAUGCUUCCUAUGUCUUCAAGUAUUUUAAGUUAUAGUUAACUGUCCUCUCCUAUCAAAUUAACAUGUAGAAGUUUCUAGAACUGUUAAAACUAUUUGCAAAAUGGGUGGAAACUCUCAUCGACUGGCACUCUCCUUGAUUGCUAUAUUUUAAAUUAAUUUUUGAACCCAAUUAAAGUGUAUUUUAUGAGUAAUCUUACUAGAAUCUCUUAAUUAUAGUGCCCCAUUUGGGAUGAGUUGUUUGCUUGUUUUCACAGUUCUAAACUUGGAAAGAAGCAGAGUAUAUGUACCUAGGCCAUAUAUUCACUUUUAUUGCUUCUCUUUUCCAUUUUAAAACAGAAAGAAAUUUGUGGGCAAACAGGGAAGCAAUAUGUGAAUCACAGUUAGCAGAGGCAGACCAAGCAUUACCUUACUGCUUCAGAGCUGUACCUUGGAGCCCGACUGCACCAAUACUUGUCCUGUGUGUGCCAAAGGCAAAUAUUAUGUUUGCACCUUUUUUUUCUGAUUCUCAGGUUGAUUAACGUUGAUUAAUAAUGCUAAUGCAAAUGCUUAAGUAGAUGUUCUUUAAAACUUUAUGAAGUAGAUUAGAGGGAGACUUUCUUUGAAAAGUGAAGAGUUGAUGAUUACAUACAGUAAAUUCAUGAACUACAGCAGGUUUGGAGCAAACAGAAUAAUUUUUUUUUAAAUGAAAGUCUGUUGGUUGAUGUAUACACAGUGUGCUUCUUUGGCUGUUUUAGUUCUUGGCCUUGGUCUCUGCUAGACCUCAUGAGUUUUGUAAUUUAGAAGAGGUAUUGGGUGAAUUAGUGUGGUCUCCAUAGGAUGUAAACAUGAGACACUGAGACUCACUAUGAUAUUAAGGCCUUACUUACAUUUGCUUUUCAUCAAUACACUGAAUAUUUUAAAGCACUUAGACUCUGGCUGAUAAUGUUGGAUAAAUUCUAAGGAAACAACUUUGACAUUGUUUAAACUAUUUGCAUUCUUGUUUCUUAUAUCACAGCCCAGUGACUUCCCUAUUUACAGAUUACAGCUCAGAGGAAACACGGGAUUCAGUAGGGGCCCCGGUGGGAUAGAAGUGGGGAGAUUCCUUUGUGUUAAAGUAGAGGCAUUUUCCCAGGCAGUGCAAGAAAAGAGUUGCUUUCCAUUUUCAGUGAUCCCCUCCCUACAGCUGAUGCCCAGCUCAUUCCUUUGUGAGACUGAUGAGAAUUAAGCUCCCAAGGCAUGUGAAAAGUUGAACAUAUACUUGGCACAGCACUCAGUAAAAGUUCGGCUCUGUGAUGGGAUGGUCCAGUUCUUGUUUAAGGAAGGAAAGUUGAAAAGUUAUUUUCCUGUUACUAAUGAGGUGUGCUCUGUGCUUUAGCAUGUUAAAUAGUUAUAACUCUAAACCUGUAAUACUUGAACAUCACUAAGGGAAGUAAAUUAUGAAGCAAGCAAAAAUCUGAGGCCAAAGGUUUUUCUGCCCUAACAGCUUUAAUCGUGCUUGUUGAUUUUAAAUAAUCUUUCUAAAAGUGGACCAUUUGCUUAAUUAUUUUAAUAGUUUCACUUCAACAACAUGUUCAAGAUGAGCAUUUAUGGCAUUGAAGGAUGUCUCUGUUAAGACACAAGUCGCUUGGUGUAUUGUUAGGUGGAGGAGCAAAGGUUGUAGGCUGGAUGAAAAUUUAACUGACUAGAAUAUUUAUUCAAAAGGGUCAGUCUGGGAAAUGGUGUAACUGUUCCACUGACCUGCCCACCCGUGUGUGUGUGUGUGUGUUUGGGCAUGGUUAGGGCAUCAUUCGGGGUUGUAGGUAAAUGCACCUCCUGACCCUACCCUGUUUAUUGUUCAGCAGUGAUAGAUUGUUGUGCUCAUCUUGCUGGUGGAGAAGACUAAGGCGAACCUGCUCUCUGCUGUGACGUUCACCAGGCACAGCAGUGUUCACAGUUCAGCUGCCUGCCUGGUUUAUUUUAGGUUCUGGUACUUCCUGUAAGCAUUGCUGUAGGUACAUGUGUAUUAAUAUCACUAGUCCUGAGGAGUUUGGGUACACUUGUUUUAAUAUAUGUAGGAUGUGCAGUAGCCUUCUCCUUUUUAAGCAAAAUUACUUGUCAUUUUUGAUUCAAUAUUGAGCUGCCAGAUCUACUGUGAGAGUGAGAUGGCAUAUUUACUGUGAGAAUGACAUAAUGAUAGUUUAUUUGAAAACUUUUAUACACACUUGUGUUUAUAUAUUAAAGGUAAAUAUGUAAACACACGCAUGCAUAUGUCACAUGUCUCUUCGGUGGAGUUAAUGUGAAUUUUUAAAUUUUAAAUGGAAUUGCAACCACAAUCAUUAUGAAAGAACUUUCACUCCUAGUGAGGGUUUACAAAAGCCACUAUAGGAUAUGGUAGACAGGAGAUGCAAAGGGUCAUCACUUGGGGUUACUUUUAUUUAAAAACUGAUCGUGCUACUUUUGAAAGAGAAUUGUUAUUCCUAUGCUCUUUUUGUGAUUGAAAGUCAUCUGUAGUAAGCAGUAAUAGUGAACUACUUUUUAAUUGCUGGCAAACAGCUUUAAGUGCACUUUCUUUGAUUACAUUUCCAUUUUUUGUUAAACUUGAAUUUCCUGAAGCCUUUUAUGUACCACUAAGCAAAUAACUUUAACAUUUAUUAAGCCUGAUUUACAUCUUGAUUAUAUUUCUAAUUGUUAUACAACGUACUUUCUAAGGUAACUUCAGUUCUGAUAUAGCUGGGGAACUGACGAGGUAGAGCAGCUGCUUUCCCUCCUGUGCCUAGUUGAGCACGAACUGAUUUUACUGCUUGGUCUUGGCGCUGCGCAUUCGUGUUGAUGAGCUCUGUCCUCCCUUCACCUGGUUUUGUUUGAAAUUUAAAGUUAUUUUCUUACUGUAUUUAUCAUCCCUGUUUUAAUAAUCUGCUUCCUUUAAAUGCAAUAAAUCUCAAAUGAUUACCUAUUCUUUAUAA